AACCCUACGUGCUACCUGGUUUUACGACUGCCCCUGCCUCUUCUUCGCUCAACCGCACCGUCUUCUGCUUUGCUCAGUCGUCCUCACUUCCCUUCCCUUACCGAUCGCUCGCCUUCAAUCUUCGCAUCUCUCCGCAGGGAUACUUGCUUCUUGGCAACUGAACUGUCUCGUGAACUUUCUUUCGCCCUUAAUGGUUUGGAAAUCAGCUCAGAAGCUCAUCCACAACUGGAAGAUCCUUAGAGGAGAUAAUGUAAUGAUUAUUAGGGGGAAGGAUAAGGGUGAGAAGGGCGUCGUUAAGCGUGUCGUCCGGUCUCAAAAUCGUGUGAUUGUCGAGGGAAAGAACUUGGUCAAAAAACAUAUUAAGCAAGGCCAAGGUCAUGAAGGGGGGAUAUUCACUGUGGAAGCCCCUCUUCAUGUGUCAAAUGUUCAAGUUCUUGACCCAAUCACAGGGAGUCCAUGUAAGGUUGGAAUUAAAUAUCUUGAAGAUGGCACAAAAGUGAGAGUAGCAAGAGGUCAAGGUGCAUCUGGUAACAUAAUUCCUCGUCCAGAGAUUUUGAAGAUACGGACUACACCAAGACCAACCGUUGCUGGGCCAAAAGAUACUCCAAUGGAACAUGUGUUGGAGAGGACUUAUGAUGCCAAAACAGGAAAGGGGAUGCCAGAGCUUUAAGACAACGGUUUCUUGUUCAGGUCUACGGUUGGCAAUGGACUGAGAUGUGUUUGGAGGGAUUGCGGCACCUAUUCGUAGGCAGGUGCAUGCCAAGAUUGCAGGGUAGAAGAUAGAUCUCUCUCUUUUACAUGGUGUUGGCUUUAGAUGCAAUAAAAUGUAUUGGCCAGACAGAUUAUUUGCACCUCAAUGUCAGUGCUCUUGUAACAACACCUUUACUUUCGUACUCAAUUCAGUAUUCUUCCUAAUAGGCUGAUCCAAAUGUGCCUUCAUUCC